GACCUUUUUUUCUCCCUCUUUUCUUCAACCACAAGCUAUCCAACAAACUCCCUCAUUCCUUCUUAUCUUUGUUCCUCCUCAUCCCCCUCUCUUCUCUCUCUCCUUCCCACCCAGGAGGGAUGGAGAUAAGAAAGAAACCAAACAUAUUCACGGUUCUCGUCAUUGAUUUUUCUUCAAAGCCUUCCAUGGCUCUCCUUCUGGCUAUUCUCCUUUUCCUCUCAGGCCCUUCUGCAUCUGCGGUAGCUGCAGCUGCUGUGGGACCUGCUACUGGUUUUAAACCGGCAGAUGAUAUUCUCAUUGAUUGUGGAAGCAAAUCGUCAUCAAAAACCCCUGAUGGAAGAGUCUUUAAGAGUGACCAAGAAACAAUCCAAUACAUAGAAGCCAAGGAAGAUAUUCAGGUCUCAGCCCCGCCUUCAGACAAGGUCGCAUCUCCUAUCUACCUAACUGCAAGGAUCUUCCGUGAGGAAGCCACCUACAAAUUCCAUUUGACUCGACCUGGUUGGCAUUGGGUUCGCCUGCAUUUCUUGGCCUUCCCUAAUGACAAGUUCGAUCUCCAACAAGCAACCUUUUCCGUUUUAACGGAGAAAUAUGUGCUGCUUCAUAACUUCAAAAUAAGUAACAACAACAAUGAUAGUCAAGCUGCUGUUCAGAAGGAGUAUCUCGUCAACAUGACAGAUGCUCAAUUCGCCCUCAGGUUCAGACCUAUGAAAAGCUCUGCAGCGUUCAUCAACGCUAUCGAAGUCGUGUCAGCUCCAGACGAACUGAUCUCUGAUUCUGGCACUGCCCUUUUCCCUGUCAUUGGGUUCUCGGGUCUGUCUGACUACGCUUACCAGUCUGUUUAUAGAGUCAAUGUCGGCGGUCCCUUGAUCAUGCCUCAGAAUGAUACAUUAGGAAGAACCUGGAUACCCGAUAAGGAAUUCUUGAAAGAUGAGAACUUGGCAAAGGACGUUAAAACAACCCCUUCGGCAAUCAAGUACCCACCGGAAGUUACACCUUUGAUUGCUCCACAGACGGUUUAUGCAACAGCUGUAGAAAUGGCUAAUUCUCUCACCAUAGACCCUAAUUUUAACGUCUCCUGGAAUUUCCCCUCCAACCCAUCGUUUAACUACCUUAUCCGGCUUCAUUUCUGUGAUAUCGUUAGCAAGUCUCUCAAUGACCUGUACUUUAAUGUGUACAUUAACGGGAAAACUGCCAUUUCUGGACUGGAUUUGUCCACUGUCGCUGGGAAUCUAGCUGCUCCUUACUACAAAGACAUCGUUGUGAACGCAACACUUAUGGGCCCUGAGCUCCAAGUCCAGAUUGGUCCCAUGGGAGAAGAUACAGGGACCAAAAACGCGAUCUUGAACGGUGUUGAGGUUCUGAAGAUGAGCAAUUCCGUGAACAGCCUUGAUGGAGAGUUUGGAGUGGAUGGUAGAACCACUGGCAUGGGGAAGCAUGGUAUGGUAGCAACCGCGGGGUUUGUGAUGAUGUUUGGAGCUUUCAUUGGUCUGGGAGCCAUGGUUUACAAGUGGAAGAAGAGGCCACAAGAUUGGCAGAAGAGAAAUAGUUUCUCCUCUUGGUUGCUACCAAUACAUGCUGGUGAUAGCACUUUCAUGACAAGCAAAGGUGGUUCUCAGAAAUCCAACUUCUACAACUCAACACUUGGUCUCGGCCGCUAUUUCUCCCUUUCAGAGCUUCAAGAAGCCACAAAGAACUUUGAAGCAUCCCAGAUUAUCGGUGUUGGAGGAUUCGGUAACGUCUACAUUGGAACCCUCGACGAUGGAACCAAAGUCGCUGUCAAAAGAGGUAAUCCACAGUCUGAACAAGGAAUCACUGAGUUUCAGACAGAGAUCCAGAUGCUUUCUAAGCUCAGACACAGACACUUGGUCUCCUUGAUUGGUUACUGUGACGAGAACUCUGAGAUGAUCUUAGUCUAUGAGUUCAUGUCCAAUGGUCCAUUCAGGGACCACUUGUAUGGAAAGAACCUUGCUCCUCUAACCUGGAAACAAAGACUCGAGAUAUGUAUCGGAUCUGCACGUGGGCUUCACUACUUACACACAGGAACAGCUCAGGGGAUUAUCCACCGUGAUGUCAAAUCCACCAACAUUCUUCUCGAUGAAGCUUUAGUUGCAAAAGUCGCUGACUUUGGUCUUUCUAAAGAUGUAGCUUUUGGACAAAACCAUGUCAGCACGGCCGUGAAAGGAAGUUUCGGGUACUUAGACCCGGAGUACUUUAGAAGACAACAACUUACCGACAAAUCCGAUGUUUAUUCCUUUGGUGUCGUUCUUCUAGAAGCUCUGUGCGCAAGACCAGCCAUCAAUCCUCAGCUACCAAGAGAGCAGGUUAACUUAGCUGAAUGGGCGAUGCAAUGGAAACGAAAAGGACUUCUUGAAAAGAUCAUUGAUCCUCAUUUGGCUGGAACGAUUAAUCCUGAAUCGAUGAAGAAGUUUGCUGAAGCUGCAGAGAAGUGUUUAGAAGACUACGGUGUCGAUAGGCCAACAAUGGGAGAUGUUCUGUGGAACUUGGAGUAUGCUCUUCAGCUUCAAGAGGCAUUCACUCAGGGCAAAGCAGAAGAGACCGAGAACGCUAAGCCUGAUGUGGUGACACCUGGCUCGGUGCCUGUGUCUGAUCCAUCUCCGAUCACUCCCUCAGUCACCACCAACGAAGCGGCUACUGUUCCGGUUCCUGCUAAGGUGGAAGAGAACAGUGGCACGGCCGUGGAUGAACACUCUGGAACAGCCAUGUUUACUCAGUUUGCUAACCUUAACGGAAGAUAAAAACAAACUAACAGAUAAAUAAUUAAAAAAGGACAUAAAGAAUGCACCAAACCGAAUUUGUCGUUAUAAACAGUAAUUGCAAUAGAAAAAACUUGACUUUUUAAGGUGAUAUAUUUGUUUCUUUGUAUGUUUUUUUGGUGGUGGUCGGGGAGAUGUGUGUGAUAUUUCUAUAUUUUGGUGUAUUUUAUAAAAUUUAUAUAUUUUUUGUAUGAAGUGUAAUUUUGUGGGUGGAUAUGUAUAUGUAUGUAUGUGUACUUCUAAAUGCUCUGCUGCAUUUACUUUACUUAUCCUCCUUCAUUGUAGUUGUUAAUAUUAGCUUACAAAUACAAAUUCACAUUGAAACAUAAGUGUGUGUGAAUCUUACUUGAAAUUUACAUCAUUUUGUACACACAGGAAACAAAAAGUUCUCUUUUUGUAUUCUAAGAAAGUUGGUUUUACAGUCUGGACUCUGAGCAUCUGUUUCAGAGUAGACCAGAAAAGAUCUGUUUCA